AUGAAAUAUAGGUUGCCGGCAGUUACUUUGGAAGACAUCGAGCUCAAUGCCAAGAAUAUUGUGUGUUCGGAGUCGACCAUCAUCAUCGAUUUUCCUUCUUCAAGACUGUUAGCUGAGGCGGAAAGGGAAUGGAAGGAUUUAACAGAGUUCUUGCUUAUAUUUUCGCAUGCUGGCUGCAACAGCGAAGGUGCACGAGCCCCAUACUUAGUGUCUAAGGUUGAUUUUGAGCCUGAAUUCUAUAUCGCUAUUCUAUCUGUCCGUCGUCUCGAAUGGAGCGAUGCUUACGAUACAAUGGAGGUAAAUUUCGGCAUGGGUCAAUAUGACAGCAGUUGCAUUCGGGUACAUGGUGAUUUGCGAAAAGGAACAACCCCAAUAGUCUCAGUUACGUAUUCCGAAUCAGUAUCUUACCCAUCAGCUCCUUCAGCAACACCCACCGCAGACAACCCAGUCCGGAAUAUUGCAUAUUCCGUACCUGCGGGGGGUCUCAAUCUUGGGACUUUCACAGCUGCAACUGAUGGACAAGAUGGAACUUCAUCGAUUAAUUGCGCCGACUGCUCCGUAGAAGGCUCGAUUGAGAUAACUCAAGGAGUUUUCACCAUCAGUAUCUACUCUCAAGCAGCAAACUUCGUAAAUCAUGGUUACUUUGAUGCAGUAGCCAAUGGACUGGGUGCUCAUAUCGAGAUCGAUACUUCAAUUAUCCCCGACGUCGCCACCAUAGGGCCAAUGUGGAGACCUAUCGUCUACGGCUCCAUCGAUGUCUCCUCCAACAUGAACUUCACCUACGGUUUUUCUGCCGCCGUCCCCACUGACUCCUCAAUUCACCUCAACAUCGGAAACCGCAAAGGCAGUAUAUACGCAGGAGCCUUCCUCGAUCUCCCAGCCCUCUCCGUAUCCAUCUCUCAAGUCUCAUCUGUAGACAAAAGUUGCGAUCCCGCGUUCGAUUCCCCAUCCCUCUCCAAAACAGAUAUCUUCCCCUCCCUAACAAACAUCGUCCCCUACGCCGCCAUCGCCGUCGGUCUCGAAGCCGGGGUCCAUCUAGAUGUCCCAGAUCUUAAUGUUCAGGAAGAUUUUGGCCCAACGAUUACAUUGGCCGGAACUUCGAUUACAUUACCAACAGCGUGCUUAAAAUUUGAUGCAGAGGUCAAGGAGUUUGUUAGUACGACUCCGACAGGAGCGGCAGCGGAUUCAACAAAGUCGCCAAAUACUGGGGGAAAACUUGCUUUACCGUUGGGUUUGGAUGGGGGCAUAGAUUCGUGGUAUUGGACUGCGGGAAUGUUGGGUGGUGUUUUUUUUGGUUGUGAUGGGAUUGUGAUGAGUUUUCUCAUGCCAUGA